UUAUGAAUAUUACAAGGCGGGUCUAGCUACUUAUAUACAAGCUCCCUGUGGGUUUUUUCUCUUUCUUCCAUCACCUCCGCCUCCGUGUUUGUGCUCAGAAUCAGCCAGCGGCUCACUCCAGAACAAACUGCAAUGUGUGACAAGCUUCCCUUCAAAGUCGCUGAUAUCAGCCUUGCCGAGUGGGGGCGUAAAGCAAUUGACAUUGCUGAGAAUGAGAUGCCUGGGCUAAUGAAGUUAAGAGAGAUGUAUGGGACAACCCAGCCUCUGAAAGGAGCUCGAAUUGCUGGCUGCUUGCACAUGACUGUCCAGACAGCUGUGCUCAUUGAGACUCUCAAGGCCCUCGGAGCUGAGGUUCAGUGGUCUAGCUGUAACAUUUUCUCUACCCAGGAUCAUGCUGCUGCUGCCAUUGCCAAAACUGGUGUUCCAGUGUAUGCUUGGAAAGGGGAAACUGAUGAGGAGUAUGUGUGGUGCAUCGAGCAGACUAUCUACUUCAAGGAUGGUCAACCUCUUAACAUGAUCCUGGAUGAUGGAGGAGAUCUAACCAACCUUGUGCACCAGAAAUAUCCCAAAUUGUUGUCAGGAAUUAAGGGUCUUUCUGAGGAGACCACUACUGGGGUUCACAAACUCUACAAGAUGCUCAAGAUGGGUGAACUCAAAGUUCCUGCAAUUAAUGUGAACGACUCUGUUACCAAGAGUAAAUUUGAUAAUCUGUAUGGGUGCCGUGAAUCCCUGAUUGAUGGAAUCAAGCGGGCAACUGAUGUAAUGAUUGCCGGGAAGGUGGCUGUGGUAGCUGGAUAUGGUGACGUUGGUAAAGGGUGUGUUCAGGCUCUUCGAGCCUUUGGUGCCAGAGUCAUAGUCACAGAAAUCGACCCCAUCAAUGCCCUACAGGCUGCAAUGGAAGGCUAUGAGGUGACUACAAUGGAUGAGGCCAGUAAGGAGGGAAACAUUUUUGUGACAAGUACUGGCUGUGAGGAUAUUGUUCUGGGCAGGCACUUUGAGCAGAUGAAGGAUGAUGCCAUUGUUUGCAACAUUGGCCAUUUUGAUUGUGAGAUUGACAUGAAAUGGCUCAAUGAAAAUGCUGCAGAGAAAAUCAAUGUUAAACCUCAGGUUGACCGUUACCGCUUGAAGAAUGGACGCCAUGUUAUUGUAUUGGCCGAAGGACGACUUGUGAACCUGGGAUGUGCCAUGGGUCACCCCAGCUUUGUUAUGAGCAACUCUUUUUCCAAUCAAGUCCUUGCCCAGAUUGAGCUCUGGACCAACAGUAGCAAAUACACAGUUGGUGUGUAUUUCCUGCCAAAGAAGCUGGAUGAGGAGGUAGCUGCUGCCCACUUGGACAAACUUGGUGUGAGACUGACAAAACUAACAGAUAGUCAAGCCAAAUACCUGGGUAUACCUUCUGAGGGACCUUUCAAACCAGACCAUUAUCGAUACUGAGGAGCUUCUACCAAUUGGUCCAUGUUCAUGGUCAAUUAAAGUAGUGCACAGUCCACAAGCACUAGCCUUUUUGUGCCAAUGUUCUCAAAAAAAAGAUCAUUCAGGCUGUUCUAAGACAUCACAGACGUCUAUCACCCUCAAGAUGUACACCUCCAAAGUUGAAGCAAAGCCUCUUUUCAGAAGUCAGUAAGAGGUUGACUAUACGGUUAGUUUACUAGUUUAUUGUUCCAAUGCCCUUGUACUUUCCAGCCAUUAUUUUGUAAAUUCCAUGUGACUGUACAACAUGAAACAUUGCCUGUCAUUUCAUAAAAUCCUUUUUGACAAAAUAAAGAACAUGCCUGUA